AUUCCGGAACCCAUUUCUGUACCCCCUUUCCUCCUUUACUCGCGUCUUUCACACGGUAGAAAUAACGGCCCGGUUAUCGGACCGAGGAAGGCCACCGAGUUUGGCAUCGGCCUUGAAGAGAUAGGUGAUCGGCGUUAUGGACAAACUUUCUCACUCGUCCGACAACCGGCGCACUAUUCAGAUCGAAAUAAUCGUCAGCUCUUCCAAAUAAAUCAUAAAAUCGUCUGCUUUUUCACUUUCCUAACUCGUUAAAGUUGUGUGUGACUUCUACAUGCCCACGUGAUGUCGUCUUUAGAGAAGCAGGUUGGCCAGAUAGUUGCUGUUCUGUUAUGUAUUCCUCUCAUUGUGUGUAGUCCACCAAGAUGGAGAGCUUACACAAGCAGCAGUUAUUAUUACACAGACUACACGUUUCCGAAACCCCAGUCAAAGCACAAGUUUGUUCCUGGACCACAGUAUUGUCCUGAAACAGGUCGGACCGUCUGCAAAGGUGUGCGCAAUUAUCCAGACAACCACAUUUACCAAAUAGUCAGCAGUGCGAAGGCCAGACGGUUCAACUUCACGACCGUAUUUGUGGAUGAAAGAGACGGAGACGUGGAACCUAACAACGAGCUACUCCCAGAAGGACCCCCUAAGGUACAACACGACGGCUACAUCGUAUACCAGACAGCAGUGCACUAUGACUACCAACUACCAAGCGCACAAGUGCAAUGGAGGUAUGCUGCUGGACAACCAGUUGCCACAUCCUUGGCAUCUCAAUCAAUACAUAGAAGACGAAGACCCAUCGUUCGUCGUCAAUCUGAGGAAGAAGAGAAGCCUGUUUGUGCAGCAAGAACUAGAUUUGUCCCUCCUCAAGCAGCACUGAAUGACAAUUCAGAGUGGAAAUAUAUUGUCAAUGUUCAGAAUAAAGAUGUUCGUUUCAGGCAAAUUAUUCGAGUGGAUGUAUGCGAAUCUCCCGGCCAACCAUGUACGAGAGAGAUAUCUUUGCCCUUCGGUUUCGUCAACCACUGUAAACAGAAGUUCAUUAAAAAGAAGCUAUUGGCUUUGGAUUCAGAUGGACAAGGAACGUCAGUUGAGAAUUUCUUCAUCCCAUCCUGUUGUGUCUGUCAGAUCAGCAGAGUGCCACAACGACGGUGAUGCGAACACAACACACCCAUAUUACGAUACUGUGAUAUAUGAGUCAAAUCGAAACUACUUAAUAACCAUUCUUUUUGAAUAUGUUUUUCAUCAAAUUGCGAGAACAAUAUGCCUCCUCUAAGGUGACCACCGAUGACAACAGUCUUUUACUUUCUAGUACAAAAGAUUCUUUGAAAGUAAUCGACAAUACCGAAUUGAAAAAAAAAAUACUUGAAAUGAAGAUUAAGUAUUGGAGCCUAAAGUGUAAUAAGCAUUGUCAUCUGUUAGUGUUAACUCUUUUUCUGUAAACAUGUAGUUUUGUCGCUUUGUGAUUUAUAUACAAAUAUAUAUAUAUAUAUACAUAA